AUGACCGAGGAAGAUCACCAGGAAUCGGAUGGUGAGCGCGAAUUGUCGGAUUCGGAUUCGGAAUCCGAGCUGGACAUUGCUGAAUACGAAAAGCGACGAGAGCAAUGCUUUCGGCUAAUAGUACUGUCUGAAAUUCAAUUCAACAAGCUGAAACUCAUACUACGAGACUUGAAAAUCAAGCAGUUAACGAAAAGACGACAAGAGAUCUUGAACCAAGUCGAUCCUGAGUUCACGGUAAAACAUCGGGAGCUUCAAGAGGAAUUCAACGCCCGAGUCAAGCUCGCUGAGGCAAUUCGUUGUCUUGAAAUGGAUUCUCUAGAAAGACGAACAGUUGGUUUGACGGGAAUUGCUCAGACGAAUCAAGACGAUAACAAAGUUAUCGUCCAGGAGAAAAUAAGGGAGAGAAUAUUGAACAAAAUCCAAGCAGAAAAGGAACACCAGCUCGAGAUUAAAAUCGUAAAAUCGUAUUUUCUAGAUGGCCAAUUCGAUUUGAAAAGGGAACGUUCAGAAGAGAAUUUCGAUUUCCCUCCUAAGAAGACGCGGUAUAAUAUUCCAGUGAUCAUUCAUCAGCUUACUGAACAUCAAAUAGAAGCCGAUAUUCGUUCUAUGGAGUUAGCUAUAUUGAUAGCGGAUAUGAAGAGAGACUCUGGGCCACUUCGGAUGGCGAAUUCUGAGCUACGGGAGCUGCUGGAUAAAGCCUCUAGGAAGCUCGAUUUGCCAUUCGACAAUGAAGAGCCUAUUGACAUCACGAACAGAUUCUUCGAGGACUGUUCUCUUUCAGGGCUAUCCCUGGGCGAAGUUGUACGGUAUGAUUCUUUCAGUCUUGGUGAAGCGAUGAGUGCUGUAGAAUUAAUGGAUGAAAAGAUGGAUAUUGGAAUGAAGAAGGUGACACGAAGAAUUGGAUUAGAAGAAUCUAUAGCCAUGGGGUUAUACGAGUCAUCUCUAGCUGAGCAACUAACCACCUAUGACGCAACUUUAUGCGCCUUCGUCACUUGGCUUGAAGGCAGUUGUAUAGGACAAACAUUAUGGACAAAUGUGUUGCUAACUGAUCCUGAACGUGUUCGCUUCGAUGAGCAUCCGGUGUUUGCGUGCCUAUCCCAUGGAUUUUAUCAAAUUGUGAUGAUCGUUAAGAGUAUUAUCCAGAAUGCUAGUGUUUAUGAGGAGGUUAAUUUUCCUUAA